AUGACAACAGACAAGGAGCUUCGUUCAAAUCCCCAGUAUCGCCUCAUGAAUCACAUAAACUAUGUCGAUUUCGGCCAGAUUAUAUGCCAUAUUCUUGGUGGAAUUUUCAUUAUAUUCUCGCAUAUUCAAGUACUGUUCCCAGCACUUGUUCGGGUCGUGGGUUGUACUAUAAAUUCUUUGUGGCUUGCAAUGUUUCCUAUCAUGAGUGUCUUAUCAAUAAGUCGAAUACUGAUCAUUCGCCAAAUUAUUAAACCCAAAGAAACUCCACAUAUAAUAAAGAAGAGGAGAAGUCUGUUAAAGGUUCUCAUGAUUAUCGGCUGGUUGUACACGAUUGGAGUUUGGCUUUGGGGAUGUAUUACACAAAAUAUCACACUAUUUGGUGUUGGAUGGAGCUACGAUUUCACUAAACUGGGAGCACCAACCUUAUCAGCCCUUGAAUGGUACAUGUGUUUUCCAACGCUUGGACUUACUUAUAUCGGCUAUCUCGUUAUUGUGAUACAUGUCGAA